AUGGCACCGAGAAGACAUGAAGGAGAGCCAGCCGACGCGAGUCGCCUUGGCGAGCCGCUUAAAUUCGAAUUCAGUGGGAAGAGCGCGCACAACCGUUUUCUCAAGGCGGCUAUGACAGAGAGAUUGUCGACAUGGGAUCCGAAGGACCUGCCGAAGCGUGGCAUUCCCACGAAGGAACUUGUCAAUGUGUACCGCCGAUGGGGAGAGGGAGGAUUUGGCGUCAUCCUUACGGGUAACGUGAUGGUUGACUACAAUCAGUUGGAAGCCGCAGGCAAUCCUAUCGUCCCUCGCGAUGCUGCCUUUUCCGGCGAGCGUUUUGAGGCGUUCAAGGAGCUCGCCACGCAAGGCAAAAAGCACGGCAGUCUCGUCAUCGCGCAGGUCUCACACCCCGGUCGGCAAGUCGCCGAGAAUAUCAACACCAAUCCCAUCAGCGCCAGCGAUGUCCAGUUGGAAGGAAACGUGAUGGGCAUGACUUUCGCCAAGCCUCGCGCCAUGGAGAAGAGGGACUUCGACGAGGUCAUUGGCGGCUUUGCGCAUGCUGCAGAAUUCCUGUACAAGGCUGGGUAUGACGGUGUAGAAUUACACGGUGCACACGGUUACCUGCUUGCCCAGUUCCUAUCCCCUACAACCAACAAGCGGACAGAUCAGUACGGCGGGUCGCUGCUGAACCGUGCUCGCAUCAUCUUUGAGAUCAGUGAUGCGAUCCGGGCUCGUGUCUCUGAUAAGUCAUUCAGUAUCAGCAUCAAGCUCAACAGUAUUGAGUUCCAGGACGGUGGCUUCUCGACAGACGAUUGCAAGGACCUCUGCGUGGAGCUAGAGAAGCAUGGUUUCGACUUCGUCGAACUUUCGGGCGGCACCUACCAAUCGUUAGCAUUUGGCCACAAGCGCGACAGUACAAAGAAGAGAGAGGCUUUCUUCCUGGAUUUUGCGGAUGCUAUUGUGCCUCAGUUGAAAAAGACAAAAGCCUACGUUACUGGUGGUUUGAGAAGCGUGAGCGCCAUGGUCAAGGCACUAGAUAGCGUGCACGGCGUAGGCCUGGCCAGGCCAAUCACCCACGAGUUCGAUCUUCCCAACAAGAUUCUGGCUGGGAAAGCAAGUGGAGCCGUUGACUACAAACUAGAUGAGCAGGACUUUGGCACCACCAACGUUGCGGCUGGUACUCAGAUUCGACUUGUUGGUCAGGAUAAGGAGCCGCUUGAUCUCACUCAGGAUAAGUAUGUCGAGAUUUUCAAGAAGUCGGUAGAACAAUGGAGCAAGCAAAUGGCAGACAAUGAGGACGGCUCCAAGUACGGCUAUGUUGACAUAGAAGGUACAAAGCUAGAGCCUUUCGGUACAGCGUAUGCUUCAGCAUAA